AAUACAAUAAACGUCAAGUAUAUAAACAAAAAAGAGGUGUGACAAGUUUUUGAAAUUGAAUAAUAUUUUUUAAGUCGGGCGAUAAUUUUUAUUACAUAAGGAAUAACACAAUGUCACAAGACAUCAUUCUAACUGGAAAUUUGGAUAUGCUCCACAGUUUAUAUGACUUCAAAGCUACGUAUGCCAAAACAUUGAGUUUCAGAAGUAAUGAGUACUUUUUGCUUCAACAAACUAACACUAAACACAAAAAUUGGUGGGAAGUCAUUAAUGAAAGAGGUGAUAUGGGCUAUAUACCAUCAAAUUAUGUGGAAACAGUAACUGUAAACCCUUCGUUUUUCUUACAAUUCAUAGACAACUGUUUGGUAAACUUGAAAACACCUUCAGAAUGCUCAAUUCGUGAUAAAAGUGAUAUAAUAAAGAGGCUAAAAGAGUUGAGGAAACAAAUAGAGCAGCUACCAGAGGUUUCCAAAAACUCCGUUGGAGUCGAUAGUGAUGAAAAUCCUCCCUUAUUAUUUAAAAACUCGGAUGGAAAGAUAGAACCUAUAAAUUCUUCCACCAGCUGUUAUUCUGAACGAAGAAAUAGAAGUCUAAAUGAAGAUCCAAUGAAACCCAUUAGUAAAUCUAGCAUUAGGAAAUCUAUUGAGAAUAUUCAUGAUGAAAUUAGAUCUGAUAUAUUCAAAGAAUCUAAAAAGUCUGAAUCAACUGUUUCUAGCUCUUUAAGUAGUAAUAUUUCCCCUCCAAUUACUCAUCAAUCCGUUUAUGAUCUAGUGGAAAGUGUUAGAAUUAACACUCAACUUUCACAUGAGAUGUCCAGAAUUGCCAUGGUUACUGUAGUUCAAGGAUUACAUGAGUUACUUCCUGCUUCCGUAUUUCCAUAUCUGAGUACAAUUUUAUCUCAUUCACAAGCUUCCUUAGUGGAUGAUGUUCAAAUAGACCAAACUCACGAUGCUAGUCGCUUGAAAAUCAUUUUCAACGAAUUAACUUCCUGCAAGGAAGAUGCUCAACAAAGAAGUUGGAUGUUACAUGAGGACGAAGAUGUUAUUAAGGAGUAUAUCAUUGAGAUGAUUUCAAUUCUGUCCAAUGCAGAUGCAAGCAUAUCUAGACAUGUAAUAUCUUCUGAUCAAUAUCAUGUUAUUACUACUCUAAUUCAGUAUUAUCAAAUGGAAACGAGAUGGUCCAUUAGGCAAUUAUUAUUACAAGCAUUUGGAGUUUUAUGUAGUUUAGAUAAAACUGUUAUUACUAUUAUGUUAAAUUCUGUAUUACCCAGUGAACUCGCUAGGGAUAUCAUGUCAAAUCCAAGAAACAUUCCAAAACUAAAUUAUUCGUCUUUACUAUUAACAAUGGUAUUUUCAAUGGGAGAACCAAUGCCUGUGACUCAUAAUGAUUUUUUGGGAAAAAGAUUCCUUUCAUUCAUUCUUGAUAACAUCGAAUAUCCUCCAGAUACAGAUUUAGAAGAGCAGAUACCUGAUUUGUUUUUGAAUCUAAUAAUCUCCUUUAACCUCCAAUUUUCUGAAGAAAAUGAGAAUCCCGUGUUGGCAGCUUUAGAGGAAAGGGAUGUAGCUAAAACAUUUACAGAAAAAAUAUUGUUACUUAUUAAUAGAGAAGAGGAUCCUGUAAGAAUAUUUGACCACGAACCAGCACCGCCUCAUUCGCUUCUGAAAUUAUUCAACGACUUAUUCAGUCGUAGAUCCACAUCUGAUUUAUUUUAUACGAAUGACAUCAAAGUUCUUAUUGACAUAAUAGUUAGAAAUAUUUCUGAUUUAUCUACAGGGGAUAUGAGAAGGAGACUGUAUUUGGAACUUUGCCGUAGAGUAAUGCGAAACACAAAUUACGAAGAACACCAACACAAAGUUGACGAAAUCUUGAAAUGUUUCACUAGAAUAUUUUGCGAGGAGAGCGAGACGAGUAAAUUCGAUCAAAAGUUAGUCAAAGAAAUAUCAAAUGAAUUUCCUCAUCUAUUUAAGUAAACCAACUUUAUAAGUACGUUGGCUGUUUAUUUAUAUGUGAUAUUUUUCCAAUUUAUUUUUUUUUUAUAUCAAAGCGUUUUUAAAUUUUUUUUACUUUAUUGUAGUUUUAAUUUUGGGUGUUUGUAAGAUAGUAAAUAGUGCCAUAUAUUGCUUAGAUAUAUAUCUCAAAACAAAAAGGGGAAAACUAUUAUUCUUCCUAUAAAUUUAUCUAAUUAAAAAAUCAUGAAGUAAAGGGAAGAAUAUUUAAAGUCAUCUUUGAGUCUUAUUAAUGACCUGAUUGUUUUUUUAUUAUAUAUAAAUAUGUAUAUUACAUCAUACGAGAUGUGUAGAAUGGUUUUGUAUGAGAAAUAUUUUAUUUUCUGUCUUGAAAAUAUUUUAAAUGGUUUGCUUUACAGUUUGUACUUAUAUUGAAUGUUAACCAUUGAAAAUAUUCUUAUUUUACCUUUGUAGAGGUUAUAUAACAGUAUAAUGAAGUACAAAUUUAUUUUUGAGAAACAGGUUUUGGUCUUUUAAGUUCACCAUGUCCAGAAUAUACAGAGUGUUCAGCUUGCCAAACACAUAUGUAGGUAUUUUAUGUAAUAUAAACUAUUUACGUAUUUCGAAUUGUUUCUCCCAAGCUAGUUCUUUUUGAAGAUUAUUUAUUUAUUUGUGUGUUGGCUUGGAAGAAGUUUCGUGCUUCUAUCUAGCUUGGUAAGGACUUUUCCAACAAACAGUUUUUUUCAAUCCUUUCUUAGGUCAGCCGGCCAAUUCAUUUUCAGUUUUCUUGUAUUUUUGGGUCCUAGGAAGCUUUGAAGUAAUACAUUGAUGUAGGUUUCAAGUUUAUUAUGGCGUUUCAUACUUUGGUGUAUGAUUUCUCAUUGUGUAUUAGAGAAAAGUGUUUUAAACCGUUUCUUAGGUUAGCUGGCCAAAUUGUUUCCAGUCCUCUUGUGUUUUUAUUAUGGUGUUUUAUACUUCGGUGAAGUAUUUCUCCUUCUGUAUAGGGAAAAAGUGUUUUUCAGUCAUUUGUUAGGUUAGCUGGCCAAUUUAUUUCUAGUCUUCUUGUUUUUAUGGGCUCUAGGAAGUUUUGAAGUAAUACAUUGAUGUAGUUUUCAAAUUUAUUGUGGUGUUUUAUACUUGGGCGAAGGAUUUCUUCUUCUGUAUAAGGGAAAAAUCUUUUUCAACCAUUUCUUAGGUUAGUUUUUUUGAAUCUUCUUUGUGUUUUUGCUGCAAAUAUUUCAUCAAUUUGAUAGAUUAAUAGUAUUAACCAAUAUUUGGUUAGCUUUUCCUCUUUUUAAAUGAUGUAAAAAUCAUUUUAACUGUCAAGUUACCAAAAUAUAUUGCUAUAAUACAAACACUCAUCUGUGGCCUAGAAUUUGAGGUAUGCACUAAUUUCAAAGUUACCGUUUAAUGAUAUAAUGGGAAAUAUUUUAUUAUUAUUGAAAGCACUCAAUUGUUUAUUCAUAUAUUGUUGCACAUUACUUGCCAUACGAUAUAUUUUUAGAAUUUUUGCACUAUAAAUAAAACUAUGUAAUAACUCAACAGUAUCACAGUACAUUGUACUUAUUGAAGGAGUUGUUAUAUGAUUUUUUUCUAUGCUUCUCAAAGGUACAAAUUAAAAAGAAAAUAUUAAUAUUUUACAUCUAUAUUUAAUAAAUAUUAUGUAAAUAGCAUGUAAUUAAAAUAAAUAUUUUUCAAUGUAACUCAAAUUAGAGUUAUGUUUACAGUUAUAUAAAUAAAAAUGUCGGUAACAAAAAAAAUGUUUUCUUAUUUAUAAAUAUUUAUAAAGAUAAAAA